AUGGGACUUCCCGCCUGCCUGCAAGACCUGGUGACGCCCGAGCGGUGGCAAAGCUUCGUGAUCAGCGCCAAUGAGGCCUUGACGAAGAUGAGCCCCUGGGAGCGAGCGGGGAACUACAUGGUCAUCGCCUGCAUUUUCGCUAUGCUCAUGGGCAUCCUCAUCGGCAUCGUCCUGAGCUUCGACAUGGUGGCCAUGGCCAUUGCCAUGGGCAGCGGCGCCGCGCUGGCGCUGCUGGGAUUCUUUGUGCUCCAGUGCUUUGUGAGGAACAUGGAGCGGAUGCACAUGGACACGGUGCACAUGCUAUGCGCUGAAGUUUCUCAAGAAAGUGACAAUCUGAUCAUGCAGUGGCGCAAAGCCCAACGUGGAGAUUGCUGCUACGAGCUCAACAUGCGCAUUUAUGUGCCUUCUGAGCCACCCUGUCUUGACAGCUGCCUGCUGAAUCUCGGCAUCGGGGGUACAGGUCAGCUGGAGGAGGAGAAGGAAGCGCUGCGCGCCGAGUUGCAGCAGGUGCGCAGCCAGGCGGCGGUGGAUCUGCAGCACGCCCAAGAGCGGAUGCGGCGCCAGGAGGUGGAGGCUGAGGAGCAGCGAACGCUGGUCCAGAGAGAUCUCCAGGCGCUGAUGAGACAGGCUGCCGAGGAGCCGGCGCAGGAGCCCGCGCCGGGCCUGGCGUUAUCGCGCCUUGGCUCGGCGGAGAGCGCCGGCCUGGAAGGCCCUGGCGCCUUCCCGGCCCCGGGGGAGGUCCCGCGGAUGGUGCCGAGCGUUCUGAUCGCCGUGGAGGUGGACUUAGGCAACGCAGAAAGCUGCGCCACUCUGUCGAUCUCCCCCUGGCAGACGAGCUCGGACUACCGGGCAGUGGUGCAGGACUUCCUGCGGAGCCACCGCCUGAACCCGGCCUUCGAGCAGGCGGUAGUGCAGUACCUCCAGGAUUUGGAGAGACACGCCACCACUUUGCCGCUGACCACCAAGGCAUCCAUGGCGGACAUCUACAGCCGCUAUGGCAGCAACUGCAGCUGA